AUGGGAGCAGGUAUAGAAGAUGCUACGGGGUAUGCAGAGAAUGAUGCUGUUGUGCAUGUACAUAGUAUGACAGAAGAACUGGGGCUGCUUCUAGUUGAUGUGUCUCAGGAGGAUCUUGUUUCCAUUGUGGUAGCCCAUGCAGAACAGGUACGUGAUCUUCCGUUGGUUGAGCCGAGUACAGAGAAGGAGAUUAUAGGGGACAGUAAUGUUCUUAUGGCCUGUCUUUCGGAUCCGGAGAUGGGGGAAGGAAAAAUUGUUUUGCAUAAUGAUGUGUCCUCUGAUGUGGAUAUAAGGGAGGCAGUAAAAAAACAGAAUGAGGAUGGUCAUAAGAAACUACGCAGUAGUAACCGGAGUUAUUCAUGGUGCAAUGGGCAUGCUGGUAAUUCAAGGAGUUGGGCUCGUUUGGAUCGUUCCUUGGUUGAUCAACAUUUUCUUGGUGCUUUUUCGGAUUCAAUUAUGAGAUAUUUACCUCGUACAUCAUCGGAUCAUACUCCUAUGGUCAUUUCGUUAGUGAAGAGUUUUGAAGGUUAUGGGCCGGCACCUUUCCAUUUUCAACAAAUGUGGGUGGAUCAUGUUGAUUUUGCUCGAUGUGUUCCUGAGGCUUGGGACCAAAAUGAUGUUGGUGGUGCUCUCAUGAAAAUGGUGGCAAAAUUAAAAAGGGUGAGAGUUGCUCUAAAAGCAUGGAAUCAGGUAGUUUUUGGGUGGACGAGUGGGCACAUUCAGGAGUUGGAGGCUCGUAUAGAGAGGCUGGAUGAACAGUUGCAAGUGAGAUAUGAAGAAGAUGUGGAGCUAGACCUGUUGACUUCAAAGAUGGAAUUGGACACCUGGACUAAUAGUGAAGAGAUCCAGUUGGCUCAGUGUGCCAAAGUUAGCUGGUGGAAACAUGGCGAUAAAAAUUCCAGGUAUUUUCAUGCUCUUCUUAAUAAAAAGAAGCAAACUAGGAUUAUGGAGAUGAGUCUGUCUAAUGGUACUACGUUAAAAACACCGCAAGAUAUUCUUGAUGGUGCUGUGAAAUAUUUCAUGGAUUUUUUGGGUCAAUCUAAUCGUGUAGUACUUCCAGAUUUGGGGGAUUUAGUGUCUAAUCUGAUCUCGGAUGAGGAUAAUUUGAGGCUUUGUACUUUGCCUACAGAAGAAGAGGUGAAACAAGCUAUUUUCAGUAUUCCUAUAGAGAGUAGUCCUGGCCCGGAUGGGUUUGGUUCAGGUUUCUAUCGUGCUUGUUGGAAUAUUGUGCGUGUGGAUGUGGUGGAGGUUGUAAGGGAUUUUUUUAAGGGAGUUCUUCUCCCUAGAUUUUAUACGGCUUCUUUUAUUGUGCUUAUUCCAAAAAUGGCUCAGCCGACAGGAUUUGAUAAGUUCCGUCCUAUCAGUUUAUGUUCUAUUUUCUACAAAAUCUGCACUAAGGUUUUGGUGGCAAGGCUUGCCCCUUUAUUGCCUGCUAUGAUCUCCUCUGAAUAG